AUGCUUCGACCUUCUCCUCAAACUACUAUACGCACUUCUGCUUUUAUACGAACAUCAAACUUUUCAACUUCAUUACCUGGUUUUGGGCGUGGUGGCUCUGGCCCAAUUUCUCUCGGUGGAAAAACAUUCACAUUUGGUGAAAAACUAUGGAUUAAACAAGGUCGGGAUACUUUGCAAAAAAGUUCAAAACUUCAGCCUGGUCAGUUUGAUGACGCAAAAGAAGAACGUGAAGUGCUACACACUUUGUCCGAAAAAUUAAUAGGCAAUGAGAAAGAAUUAAAUUAUUUACAAAAUCGUAGCGAAGAAAAUGAAUUGAGGCGAGAAUCUAAUUACCGGCGUCCACCAGGUUAUGGCAUAGACGUACAAAGACCGAA